UACGCUCUUCAUGGGAGCAGACCUGCUAGCUACAAUUAACAUAGCCACAGGUAGAGGUAGAGAGGGAGCAGCCGGCGCCGCCAUGGGCAGGCCACCGUGCUGCGACAAGGAAGGGAUCAAGAAGGGGCCAUGGACGCCGGAGGAGGACAUCAUCCUGGUGUCCUACAUCCAGGAGCACGGCCCGGGCAACUGGCGCUCCGUUCCCAUCAACACGGGGCUCAUGCGCUGCAGCAAGAGCUGCCGCCUCCGGUGGACCAACUACCUCCGCCCCGGCAUCCGCCGCGGCAACUUCACCCCGCACGAGGAAGGCAUCAUCGUCCACCUCCAGUCCUUGCUCGGCAACAGGUGGGCCGCCAUUGCUUCUUACCUCCCGCAGAGAACCGACAACGACAUCAAGAACUACUGGAACACCCACCUCAAGAAGAAGCUCAAGAAGCACCAGGCCAUCGGCGCCAUCUUCGCGCCGCCGCCGCCUCCCGCAUCCGACUCCUCCUCGUCCUCGUCCAUCGUCGUCAUGCCCACCACCACCGUCGGCGGCGGCGGCGGAGGCUGCCAUGUCCACCACCACCACCGUGACAUGCUCGGCGGCGGCACCAAUCUCCUCGUCUCCAGGGACAGCUACUACGCGCGCCCAUCAGGAGGAGCAGGCUGCUGCAGCAACCCAGCCGAGGUCGCCCAGCUCAUCGCCCGGCGCUCGCCGUUCGCCGCCGACGGUGGUGGCGACAGCUCCUCGUCGUCGUACGCCUCCAGCAUGGACAACAUAUCCAAGCUGCUCACCGGCUUCAUGAAGCAGCAGCAGAGCUCCCCGUCCCCCGACGCCGCCGCAGCUGCCGACAUCAAGCCCUCCUCGGCCGCCCAUGUCAACAACCACCAUGCUCUGCUGUCGUCGUCGUCGUCGUUCCAUCACAUGUCCGCCGCCGGCACCGGGAGUGGUACGCCACCUGCAGCAGCCUGCUUCAACGACAUGACGAUGCCGUCGCCGCCGCAUGUGCAGCAGCAGGCGGCGCUGAUGGGGCAUCACGGCGGCUACGACGACGACCCCAGGCAGGCGUCCCCGCUGUCUCCGAUCGAGAAGUGGCUGUUCGAAGAGGCCGCCGAGCAGGUCGGCGACCUCAUGGAUCUGUCCGAAGACUGCUGCUCAUCAGUUCCGAUGAUGUUUUAGAUCAAAAGCAAAGAAGAGAAGAGAGAUCAAUAAUAUACUAUAUGACAGCCCCCCCCCAAUAUACACAUCAGUUAUUAGUUAGGUUAUAAUUUGUUGCUGCAUGCAAGUUACUUUUUUUAGAACAAAGUUACAUAUAUUUGUUGUCACAUAUAUUAUACCAUAUAUGGAUGCAUGCAAGCAUGCAUGAGACAAGACAAGAUAUAUACAC